AUGUGUUGCUGUAUAUGUGGUUUACUAUUCUUAGCAUUAAUUGCUAUAAUUGUUGUAUUAAUUCUAAAAGGAAUUAUAAAAUUGUCUUAA